CAAUUGUCAUUAUAUAUACUCGCAUAGAGGUAGAAGGCCAGGCCAAGAUCACAUCCAUCAACUCUCAACAAGUAGAGCAAUUUCAUCUACUUCUGUAGGAUAUACAGAUAAACUAAAGCUUUAUACUCAUCAUUCACGAUGGUUUGUCUGAGGGAUCCUCUUGUCCAGAAAGUCUGCGAGCUCUAUGACGAGAUCUCCAAGCUUGAAAACCUCAGCCCCUCCAAGGACGUCGAUACGCUCUUCAUACAGCUUGUGGCCACGUGCAUCCCACCCUAUCCCAUAGACGUUACCAGACUCUGCACCAAAAUUAAACGUAUUAGGAACAAUUUAAUUCGCCUCUGUGGCCAAGCAGAGGGCCUUAUGGAGAAGCACUACUCCACACUACUUGGAUCCUUUGAAAGCCCUCUUGAUCAUCUCGACCUAUUCCCCUACUACUCUAACUAUCUCAAGCUCAGCCGCCUUGAAUUCGACCUCCUCAGCCAGCACUGCUCCAACCCGGGUCGCGUGGCGUUUGUGGGCUCUGGACCACUCCCCCUCACCUCCAUUGUCUUGGCAUCUCAUCACCUUACUUCCACUGUUUUCCACAACUAUGAUAUCGAUGCUUCUGCAAAUUCCAUGGCCAUGAAACUAGUAGAGUCACAUCCCAACUUGUCCAAACGGAUGGAAUUCCAUACAACGGAUAUCAUGAAUGUAUCUGCAGCUGCAUUGAAAGACUAUGAUGUUGUCUUCUUGGCAGCCCUUGUGGGCAUGGAGAUAGAAGAGAAGAUUCAUGUGAUCAAGCACUUGGCCAAGCACAUGGCACCAGGAGCAAUUCUCAUGCUCAGGAGUGCCCAUGGGGCUCGUGCUUUCCUGUAUCCAGUGGUCGAGCCUCAUGAUCUACAGGGAUUUGAAGUGUUGACGGUGUAUCAUCCGACUGAUGAGGUAAUUAACUCGGUGGUUGUUGCUCGUAAGUGUCCAAAACUCAUGCAUUCUGUUGUUGAUCAGGGAUUAGGACCCCUAAUGCUCUGCAGCAAGUGUGGUGAGAUUGAAGGGUUCAACCCCCUCAGCCAGAUGAACAUGGUGGUCAAAGACCAUAUUUGCUAAUUCUUUAUCGUGAUUGUUACUUCUAUAAUCCUGGAUCGCCUGAUCACUCUUUAAUGCCCUAGUAGAAUGUAUCCAUUUUUUUUUUUGUUUGUUUGUCUUUUUUCUUUUUUUGUGUGUGUGAUCAUCUCAAGAAAUAACACUGAGACCUAUUUGGUAUGUCUCAGAAGCUUUAGCACAUUAGCUUAUGUAUCUCCUAUUACACUAAUAAAAUUCCCGUGUGUCUUUCUUGGUCUGA